UAGAGUUACCGGGAAGAGCAACAAAGUUGAAUGGUGAAGGAAUAUUAUGUUUAGAUAAGACAAAGUUGAGGCGAUUACUCUUAAAACUUUCACGAAUAUUCUUUACUAAAACUUCGAAAACCUCAAUCAUGGGACUCUUGGACAUAUACAAUGAGAAGAAACAUAAGGGACACCUUACUCAUGAAAUAAUUGCUGGUGCUGCUGCUUUUGAAGCGAUGAAGCACCACGAAAAAAAGAAACAAGAACAAACCGGACAAAAAGAUAAGCAUGCUUUUCUUAAAGAGGCAUUCGUAGCAUUUGCUGUUGCUGAAGCAGAAAAGCUCAUUGAGACGAAAGGUCUUGAUGCUGUUGAUAAAGCAAAAGCAAAAAAGCAUGCGCGAGAACAAGCUGAAAAGUUAUACGAUAGUAAUAAUUAA